AUGAAUAUUCUCGUGCAUUCUCAAUGGUUUUCUUCAUAUGGUGAACUUGAAGAGGGUGAAGUUGAAGAAGAAUUUGACGAAACUCCUCUCCAACAAAAAGAUGAUGCAAAGGAAAAUAAUCGGGAUAAUAAUAGCACAAAUGAAUCAAGCAUAGAACAAGAUAAUUCAGUUGAAAUAAAUAAUCAUUUAAAUAUGGGUUCACAAAAAUUUCGACGCCGUGAUUAUCAUCAUCAUCAUUUAGGUCAACAACGUAUGAAUAGCUCAGGAGGACAACAGGAUAAUAAACGUAAUAAACAUGAGCAACGAAGAAAACGACGUCACAGCGGUGAAGAACGUGAUGAUAGAAAUCGAAGACAAUUUAAACGCGGAAGAUUUCGUGGCGGGCCAUUACCAGACUUGAUUGAAGAUGGUGAAGAUGAUGACAUGAUGGGUCCAAUAUGGCCACCGAGAGGACAAAAUCGUGGUCAACGAAAGCAACAGUCUGAUAUAAUAUCGAAUGAAAAUUCUGAAUCAAUUGAAACAACUGAACAACAUUCAUCUUUAAAUCCAACAAAUGAAUCUAAAAGUGAACAAUCCAUAACAAGUGACGAAACAUCGUCACCAACAAAUGAUGCAAUUGAUGAUGAGAAUAUGAAUUCAGAUGAUAAACAAGAUCGUUUAAAUCGUUCAAAACAAACACGAACAAAUCAACAACAAAAUUCUAUGAAUAUUGAAAAUCGUGGUAGAAGAUAUUAUGAUGGUACAACAAAUAAUAAUACUAAUACUAAUAAUCCAAAUAAUCGUCGACCAAAUGAUCGUGAUCGUUCAUCAUGGCAAGAUCGAACUGGUAAUAAUAAUAGUGGAAAUAAUACAAAUACAAAUAAUAAUCAAAGGUUUCGAUCUGAUACUGGUUCAUCAACAAAUCAUGGUCCACCUUUAUGUAAAUUUUUUGUUGAAAAUCGUUGUAUGAAAGGUAAUGAUUGUUUAUUCAGUCAUGAUUUUAAACCACAGAAAAAAAUGGAAGUAUGCAAAUAUUAUGUUCAAAAUAAAGGUUAUUGUCAAAAAAAUGAUUUAUGUCCAUAUUUACAUGGAGAUUUUCCAUGUAAAUUCUUUCAUACCGGUACAAAAGAUUGUAUGCAAGGUGAUCGAUGUAAAUUUUCACAUGAUCCAAUAACAAAUGAAGAAAUUCGUUUUGCAUUUGAACGAUAUCUUAAUGACUCGGAUGAAAUGAAUCGUCAAAAUCGUGUUAAUCCAAAUCCUAAUAUUCAUCAUAAUGCGAAUCCUUCAACAGUUAGUUUUGAUGUCAUGAAUGCUCCACCCCUACCACCUCCACCACCAGUUCCUGGUUCAAUAACUGAUCCAACAAGUUUUUCCAUGAUACCAAACUUAAUGGAUUUACUUUUACGAAAUAGUCCAUUACCAACUCCAACAUCAAUUGAUUCAACAAAUACAUCCAAUACAGAAACAACAACUAAUGUUUCACAAUCAAGUCCACCUGUUCAAAGACCCAGUCUAUAUACGGAUACACUUUCAACUGAUAAAACUGAUAAUGAAGAAUCAAUAACAAAUAAAAUUGUUUCUUCAACGAACAGUACUAGUCCAUCAUCAUCAUCAUCAUCAUCAAUUCAAAAUGCAACAUCAACUAUUGAUAAUACACCAACAACAACAGUUACUACUGCCAAUACUAGUACUUCUUCUAUGACAACAACAACAACAAAUUCAACUUGUCCAUUACCUUUACCACCAUCAGUAAUUCCAAGUCCUAAUCUAAAUUUACAAUCACCAUUUGGUCGUUUACCACCACCAAAUUUAACUCGACCACCAUCGUCACUUUUACCACCACCCCCACCUAAUUUAUUUCCAAUGAAUACACUUGGUACAGGACGUGUACCAAUUUUAUUUCCAACAAACAAUGGUUUACCAUUACCACCACCACCAAGUUCAUUACUCGAUAUGAAAUUAUUAGCUCAAGCUGCUGCAUUAGCCGCAGUUAAUGCUGCUGUAGCAACAAAAUUUACUACAACACCACAUCAUCAUUCCCAAUCAUCAAGUCCUCAAUUAGGUCGUGAUAUCGAUGAACGUGACCGUCAAUCAUCAACAAUCAUGCGUGGAGAUAUUGAUGAACGACCAUCUGAUGUUUAUAAUCGUCCAACAACAAAUCUUGGUCAUUUACAAACAUCAGUAACUAUUAGUUCUCCCACAUCAUCAUUAUCACCAACAAUAACAAUAAAUGAUGAACAUUUAAAAACUAAAACAAUUCAAGAUAUAUUUCGUCCAACAAAAUCAACAACUGUUGAUCUAUUAUCAAAUUCAACAUCAACAAAUCCUACAGUUGGACCAUCAUUUGAUUUUAUUUCUAUGCUUGAACAACUUAAACAACCACGACAAACACAAUCAAUUGAUAAUUUUCAUGAUUCACUUGAAAUUCGUAGUUCAUCCAGCCAAUCAUCAGUUUAUAUUUUACGUCCAGUACUUGUUUCAUUUAAACCAUAUCCAUUACCUGAUAAAUUAACAGAUCCACGUAUUGGAAAAUAUCAAGAAAAAAUGUCAUUAUGGUCUGAACAAGCAAGAUUAGAACGUUUUAAAACACCAUUACCAUCAUUCAAUAAUUAUUCAGCACCAUUACGAACCCAACAACAGCAACUAUCAUUAACUAAUGACAGCAAUUCCUCGCGUGAUCCACGUUUACUACGAAACAGUGUAACAAGUAGUAAAAUAGGUGUUUCAAUUCUUCCUACACCUUCACCGUUUGUUCGACCAAACGAUAAUAUUCUAUAG